GGUUGGCGUCUUUCCGCUGGAGAGUAGAAGUCAGAGCGGCACGCAGCCGAGUUGACUGGUGAAGCUGCAAGAGCUGGGGAAUCCUUUGAAGGAGCCGAACGGCCUGGCUGCUUUGGGCUGCUCUGCUUCGCCCCACUGCGCUUGCGCUAAAUCCGACCCGGCAUUCCCCGCGGCCUUCCGAUGCGUCGGUGUCUUGCUGCUGCUGCAGCUCCGGGUGAAGCUCCACGAGAGCUCUUCUCCGGACUCAGCAGCGCUCUUCCGGAGCGGGCUAACGGCGAUGCCUCUCCGCAGGUGCCGGUGACCUUCAGAGAGGUGGCUGUGUACUUCUGCAGGGAAGAAUGGGAGUGUCUCAGUUUUAGCCAGAGGACCCUCUACCGGGAUGUGAUGCUGGAGAACUUCAGGAACUUGAAUGAACUGGGAUGCUGUGGCCGGAAACCAAGCCUUAUUUCUCGCCUGGAACAAUGGGAUGAGCCAUGGGUUGACAAAUGGGACAGUUCUGAGCUGGAAAGACAAAAAAGUGUCUGCCCAGGAGGCAGAAAGGCUUCAGCUCCUGAGAAGACCCAUUCACGGACAGGAGCCAAGAGCAGGACUACCUUACGGAAGAAUGUCCUAACAUCUGGUAAAGCGCACUUUACCAGAGCUACCUCUGGGAGGAAACUGGACAAUAAAUCCGAAGCCCUCCAGAACCAGACAUGUGGGAAAUCCCGCAGGAGACAGCCAGGCCUCAAGGAACAGGGCAAGAGUGCAGCAGAGGGACACCCAUUCAUCUGCGGCAUAUGUGGGAAGGCACUGAGCUGCCAUAGCCGGUUGGCAGCUCACCAGACAGUACAUACCGGAACCAGGUCCUUUGAAUGCUUUGAGUGUGGCCAGACAUUCCGCUGGGUCUCAAAUCUUCUGCGCCACCAGAGAAAUCACACCAGUGAAAAACCCUUCUGCUGUGAGGUAUGUGGACAGGCCUUUAGCCUGAAGGACCGCCUGGCACAGCAUCAGAAGAUCCACACCGAACACCGGCCCUAUGUGUGCAGUGACUGUGGGAAAGCCUUCAAACAGAAGUCAAACCUCCUGCGGCACAAGCUUGUUCACACAGGAGAGAGGCCUUUCUACUGUGACAACUGCGGCAAGACCUUUCGAACUAAAGAGAACCUCAACCACCAUCAGCGGAUUCACAGCGGAGAGAAGCCCUACACAUGUGGUGAGUGUGGAAAGGCCUUCAGGUGGCCAAAGGGCUUCAGCAUCCACCAGCGGCUGCACUUGACCAAGAAGUUCUAUGAGUGCGAAGAGUGCGGGAAGGGCUUCCGCCACCUGGGCUUUUUCACAAGGCACCAGAGAACACAUGGGCGAGGAGAAGUGUAGGGCCUCCUGUGGUAGCCCGGCCUCCUGUGCUCAGUUGCGGGGAAGAACUGCAGCAGGUGCUGUCAAGGAAGGCCAGAUGACUGGUUCACGAACCAGCAGUUUUCACUCCUUGCAACCCUUGUGGCUUUCUGACAAGGGAAGGGAUCAGUUACAUUGUCAGAGCCAGCAACGGCCGUUCCCUUGGUGCUCCUUGCCUCUCUCUGGCUAUAUUUCCAAGGAAUUCGCAGGGCCUGAGUCUUUUGUAUGCACUUUAACUUCCCUCCCAGCACUUUCAUGUCUCCUGUCUUGUGGGACGGAGGCUUUUGCAGAUGCAAAGCCUACGGUUGGAGAUGACAAGAUGGCCCAAAGGGUAAAAAGUCUGUGAAACUUGAAUUGAGUUUGAUUCCCAGGGAUCCAUAUGGUGGGAGGAGAGAACCAAAUGCUAUAAGCUGUUCUCUCUGACUUCCCUCAUGUGUGUGCAUACAGACACAAUAAAUACUUAUUUGGUUUCA